AUAACCAUUCAUAUAGACUGUUUUUCUUAACAUAUACAAAAAUCGAAGCCAGACGACAUAACCAUUCAUAUAGACCGUUUUUCUUGACAAAUACAAAAAUCCAAGGCACCAAAUUCAAAAGAUGCAGAUAGAAGUGCAAAAUGAAGUGAAUUUUUUUUGAAAGCGGACCUAGUAGUCUUCAAAUGGCCGUUAACAGAACUCAUGAUUUCCGAAAAUGGCAAUAUUCAUGGGAAGCACUGUCACAGAUAAAAAUUCUUCGCUUAUACUUAAUACACCCUUCAUUAUCUCCCAUAGCUGACUGCCUCCAAUUAACUGCAUCUAUGUGUCCUCCUGAUUAUGCCCAUUUGGACGGGCUAUCACUUCUCAUACAAUGGGAGGAGGAGCCAAAGGACAACAUUAAUAAUGUAGACGGGUAUUCUUACUCUCAUUCCCUGAGGGUCCGUGUACCACCUGUUGUGCUCGACCAUUCCAUCCCGGUGCAAUACAAGGCAAUGAUUGAUCACAUUGAGGUCAAGUUGGUGCUCAUGCUUGCUAUGGAUCACCCGCUUUUGGGCAGCCUCUCUUCACUUUUGGGUAGCAUUGAUGGAAUUUCUGAAGAGACACAGUCAUCAUUUUCUCUGAAUAAUGAUACAGAAGCACUUGUAAGAGAAGGUGAAGUUCACUUUUACUGCAAGAAUUGUUCUGCAAGGCUUACUAAAGAACCUCUUAGAUUCUUCAAGGAACUGCCAUCUGUUGAUUGGCGUGAUGUUGCAGAUAACUGGUUUGGAACAUGUUGCUGCUCCUUUGGGGGAGUGAGUCAGAUGUUAGUUUCUAAUUUUGAGAAGUUCUCAUGUAUUUCAAAAGGAACAUGCUUUGUAGGGAACACUUCCAUUACAGUCAGAAUGGACGAGAUUAUAAGAGAUGCUAUUAUUGAACGUGGCAUGAGAAUUGCACCCAAUAAUGAUGGGCCGCAGAAACAAUCUGGUAAAAAAUUUGAAAGUGAGAUGAAUAGUUCAUUUCAUGACGUCCCAUUGAACUGCAAUUUGACAUCUGAAAAUCUGGCCAAAAACCAAAAACAUAUUUGUGACUGGAAAAGUAUUUCAUGUCACAACAUUGUGGAAAAAGUUGGUACUUUGCUUGAUACUGGAGGAAAUGCAGUAAGUAUACCAGAAAAGAAAGAAAAGAACAGGAAUGACUACAUUAGUGUUUUAGACUUGCUGCAUGAGCAAGCAAAGACAGAAAACACCAAUUUCAGUUAUAAUCAGGAAUCAGAAAUUAUGGUGCAUGACACGAAAAAUGAAGUGGGCAUUCUAGCAUCUGAUAUGUCUAGUCUCUCUUGUAAGGAUACAAAUGAAUCAAUAAGCAUUGUUGAUCCUUCCUUGCAAUCCAUCAAUGCACAUUACCCUAGAUUUCCAACAUUUGUGGAUCCUGUAUUAAAUUGCAAGGACAAUAGUUGUGCGGCCAAUUCUAGAUCGAUGCCAACUUCUCAAAAUAUUUCUGGUGCACCUGAAGGCAAGAUCUUUCUUAACGGUUGUGGUGGUAAUGAUUCAGAGAAUGCAUUAUCAGAACAAAACAAAAUUACUUCAGGAUCUCAGUAUGAGAGGACGAACACAUUUAGCUUUUAUCAUGGAAAUGGAUUCAUGAUGGGACCUUAUGGUGUUUCCAAUACAGUAGAAUGGUUUUCUGUUCAUUGCUCUUCAUGCAAGUCCCUGAUUGGUUCUCAUCCUGAUCUUAAAGGCAAACCUGUUUCAGCUAAUGAAAUCAUUCAAUUGUUCAAGUGCCAUAUAUCAACAAAUGAAGCAGUUGGGGGAUUCCAUGAUGUGUUCAGGAGGCAUACCCUUCAAAGGAUAUUUGUUAACCAACUAGAGGCAAAUGCAGAGGAUGAGUCUUCAUACCGGACAGUGAUUCGAGAUCUAAAGACUAAAAUUCCAAUGCUGCAGAUGGUUCUUGUAAAUACAAAAAUAUGGUUUUGUAGUGCUAAUUGCUGUGAAAUGGAUAUGCAAUCUGAAGAUUCUGCUUCCAUUCAAGAUUUGCUUGAAUAUGAUUCUAAAGACACUUGUCUAACUGAUGCAAAAGCUUCAAAAAUUACUUCUGAUAGUAGUGACAAAGGUUAUGAUUGUACAAACUUGGUCGCUGUUGUAAAAGUGCUUUUUCGUGAUUGUAGCAGCCACACUCCAGAUGAAUCAAGGGCUAUCAAUGAAUGGGCUCUCCUAAGGCAAGCUGAGGACAUAUUUAUGCUAGAAGAAGAGAUUAAAGCAAUAACAGAAGCCCUAAUGGAAGCAAGGUUGAAACUGCCAGCAUCGUGUAGCUCAUUAGAGGGCUUCUAUUUAUCUUUUUUGGAGAAAUAGUAACUAUGUACUUAGAACAUGAUAACCAUAUUAAUGACAACACCUUAAAAGCUGAUAUCCAAGCCAGAAUUUCCAAAGUUGGGGCCCUAGGAUUGCUUUAUUGUGUGUUGCUAACAAGCAAAUCAAAGAGAAUGUAAACUCAUGCCUCUUCUGUACAGUGUAAACACAUCUUGUUAUCCGGAGAGGCAUAGAUAGAAUGGCUGCAAGUGGUAUAGUGUAAUGAUAUGAGUUUUUUAACAAAAUCUACUAAAUCAUUGACAUUCAAAAAUAACAAAAAUAAAAUGUAUGAGCUGGAAAAAAA